CGUGCCCAAUAAUAUACGGUGAACCUGCCUAUCAACAUUGGCUGAAGGAUACAGAAGAUAACGGAGCUGGGGUUGAGAUUUUUUUUUCAUAUUGUAAUUUUGUGUCAUUUUAUUUUUGGAGAAGAUGGUGUCUCACUCGCUGACGGUGCCAAUGAUCAUUUUCACCACUCUGUGGGGGCUGGUUGGCAUUGCAGCGCCCUGGUUCGUGCCGAAGGGACCCAAUCGAGGUGUUGUCAUCACAAUGUUGAUAACGACUGCUGUGUGCUGCUAUCUCUUCUGGCUGGUGGCGAUCCUGGCCCAGGCAAACCCUCUAUUUGGACCCCAACUGAAGAAUGAGACUAUCUGGUACCUGAGGUAUUACUGGGAGUGAGUCCCUGAAGUGUUGCGGAUUCCCCUCUGUGUCAGUGCUCUCCAUUCCAUUCAGCCAAGAUCACACUUUUAUUUCAACCUCCUUCCUGACCAACAAGCGACGAACAUUGUGGGAAAGGAAACAAACAAUGGUUUUAUUAACAUGUAAAAUGUAAAGAUGGAUAUUUAGAUUUGAUGACAUUCCUGGAGUUCUUACUUUCCAUAACGAUUCCUUGCAAUCCACUUGUAGCGGGUGAAACAUGAAAUCGAUUUAAACAUGCACAUUUUUAUUUGAUUUAUUGAUUAAUUGAUUUAUUUUAGGGUAGCUUGCCUGUGUUGAAUAUUUUACAACCUGAGCUUUUCUGUCCGAUUCGUGACCAGGGAUUCUUGUACACAUUACCCCAGAACAAAUUGUUUGUGUUUUAUUUAUUUCAAUUCAGAAAUGUCUUUUUUCCAUGUCUGUGUUGUAUUAUGCAAGAUUUGCUAGUAAAAGCGUUACUUGUUUUAGUAGUGUUCCAGGCAGAUGAUGUGAUGUGGGUUAGAUGAAACUGAACCAAUAGAUUAUGUUUCUCACUUCAGUUCUAGGCCGCACUGCCCUCCAGUCCCACUGUUCAAACCACAGAGCCACCAUGCUUUAGGAAAUGCCAAUACAUUCUUACCCUUGAACCUGUGCUUUUUGUUUUGUGUACAUUUUUAGUUCUGGAGGCAGAGUGGCUUUGUGGUUUAAGAACAUGAUUAAGAGACAGGACAGUUUAACCACAAAUGAAAAAGCAAGCCACAGUAACAUCUCAUAUCUGUGCCCCAACCCAAAUAAAAUACAAUUGCAUAUCUCUGCUGCACUGUUCUGAGGAAAGGAUUUCUUUAAAAACAUAUCUCUGGCUCGGAGGCAGUGGGGACUAAGUUUAGGUUUUAUGGCAAGUCUGCAUUACACUUUUGAACACAAUGAAGUAGCUGGUUUUGUUUUACAGUGGAAUGUGCAAAAAUGGUAAAUGUGAAAUAAAUGUAUAUAAAAAAAAAAU